GGAGCGGGGUGAGGCGCGGGGGGGACGCGCGGGGCAGCGCAGGUUCCCGUGCGCGGCGGCUGCGGCCUGGCCCUGGGCGCCUCGGCGGGACCAUGGACCCGGCCGAGGCCGUGCUGCAGGAGAAGGCCCUCAAGUUCAUGCCCCGAAUACACAUGCCAAAAGAUGGAUUCCAACUUAUAUCUUCUGGAUACCAAGCAUGGCUAAAGCAGUGCUCUAUGCCCAGAUCUCUGUGGCUGGGCUGCUCCAGCCUGGCGGACAGCAUGCCCUCGCUGCGAUGCCUGUAUAACCCAGGGACUGGCGCACUCCCAGCUUUCCAGAAUUCCUCUGAGAGAGAAGACUGUAAUAACGAUGAGCCCCCUAGGAAGAUCAUUCCUGAGAAGAAUUCACUUAGACAGACCUACAACAGCUGUGCCAGACUGUGCUUAAACCAGGAAACAGUAUGUCUAGGAAGCACUGCUAUGAAGACUGAAAAUUGUGUGGCCAAAACAAAACUUGCCAAUGGCACUUCCAGUAUGAUUGUGCCCAAGCAAAGAAAACUGUCUGCAAGCUAUGAGAAGGAGAAGGAACUCUGCGUCAAGUAUUUUGAACAGUGGUCUGAGUCGGACCAGGUGGAGUUUGUGGAGCAUCUCAUCUCCCAGAUGUGUCACUACCAGCACGGACAUAUAAACUCAUACCUCAAACCCAUGUUACAGCGGGACUUCAUCACUGCACUGCCAGCUCGGGGAUUGGAUCACAUUGCUGAGAACAUUCUGUCGUACCUGGAUGCGAAAUCAUUGUGUGCAGCUGAGCUCGUGUGCAAGGAGUGGUACCGGGUGACAUCAGACGGCAUGCUGUGGAAGAAACUCAUUGAGAGAAUGGUCAGGACAGACUCCCUGUGGAGGGGGUUGUCAGAGAGGAGAGGAUGGGGACAAUAUCUAUUUAAAAAUAAACCUCCUGAUGGGACUGCACCACCCAACUCCUUCUACAGAGCACUUUACCCCAAAAUUAUACAGGACAUAGAGACAAUAGAGUCAAACUGGCGGUGUGGAAGGCACAGUUUACAGAGAAUCCACUGCCGCAGUGAGACAAGCAAAGGGGUUUAUUGUUUACAGUAUGAUGAUCAGAAGAUAGUAAGUGGCCUACGAGACAAUACUAUCAAGAUCUGGGAUAAGAAUACACUGGAAUGCAAGCGAAUUCUCACCGGUCACACGGGUUCUGUCCUGUGCCUCCAGUAUGAUGAACGGGUGAUCAUUACUGGAUCUUCGGACUCAACAGUCAGGGUGUGGGACGUGAAUGCAGGCGAGAUGCUGAAUACGCUGAUUCACCACUGUGAAGCGGUACUGCACCUCCGCUUCAACAAUGGCAUGAUGGUGACGUGUUCCAAAGACCGUUCCAUCGCGGUGUGGGACAUGGCUUCACCAACAGACAUCACCCUGAGGAGGGUGCUAGUAGGGCACCGAGCUGCCGUCAAUGUAGUGGACUUCGAUGACAAGUACAUUGUAUCAGCAUCAGGUGACAGAACUAUAAAGGUAUGGAACACUAGUACCUGCGAAUUUGUGCGCACCUUAAAUGGCCACAAACGAGGCAUUGCAUGUCUGCAGUACAGAGACAGGCUGGUAGUGAGCGGCUCUUCAGAUAAUACUAUCAGGCUGUGGGAUAUCGAGUGUGGGGCAUGUUUACGAGUACUGGAAGGCCAUGAAGAGUUGGUGAGAUGCAUACGCUUUGAUAACAAGAGGAUAGUCAGCGGGGCAUACGAUGGGAAAAUUAAAGUAUGGGAUCUUGUGGCUGCUUUGGACCCUCGUGCUCCAGCAGGGACUCUCUGCUUGCGAACCCUUGUGGAGCAUUCUGGAAGAGUCUUUCGACUUCAGUUUGACGAGUUCCAGAUCGUCAGCAGCUCACAUGAUGACACCAUCCUCAUCUGGGAUUUUCUGAAUGACCCAGCUGCCCAAGCAGAAUCCACUCGUUCCCCGUCCAGAACAUACACUUACAUCUCAAGAUAAAUAACACUACACUGUACCUCACACUCGCACAGGACUCAUUUAAGCUGCAGUAUUUAAAUUAUCUGCCAAUGCCAGGACAAAAGAACUAUCCACGUAACCAAUACUUGCUGAAGAGAAAGGCUCUCAGACUUGUUUCUGGAACAAAGUUGGCAUGCGGUUGAUCUCAGACAGGGUCUACUCAGCGCGGCUGACUGCUAAAGUGCUGCUAUAUCAGAAGAUGACUUUUAUCUUUCAUGAACAAUUAACAUUUUUAAACCUUCCCAUCCCUUUCCUCCCUUGUCCCCCUUUUCCUGUUCACUCCUCUUCCCUUUACCCUCUUUGGUUCCCCUUCAAACCCAGUCACAGAUGUCCUAUGAAUAUAUUUAAGAUGUUGCCAGAAUGUGUUGCUUUGCUGUUAAGCAGAAGACUUACAGCCACAGUGCACCCUGCUGAGACAGUCACUUCAAGGCGGGUGGGAGGGUGGGUGGGAAGGAGGCCGCUACUCUCAGGCUGAAAUCAAUAUCCAUUGCUAGGCCUUGGAAAAAGCAUUCAGCUCUGAAGAGCAACAGAAACACUUAUCACAGCCAGACCAACACCUCCCCACCCCCCGACUUCCCUGCGGCUUUUGGCUGUUCUGACUGCAGACCUAUUUUUUGUGGAGAGAAGACCCUUGAAAUUUGACUAUUAUGAGCCAAAUCCAUCUCUUUCCUCUCCUGCCUGCUCUGCUAACCCUUUGGAAGCUGGAUGUGUAUUGUAGUCUCCCUUAACAUCUGCUUGGCUGGGGAAUGCUAGUCAAUGAAAAGCUAAACUCUUCUGCCGAAGUCCCAAGCAUGAUGGACUGGGGCUGAGAUCCCAUUCACCCCCACCCUAGGUGAAACAUUGGCCCAGGGCAGUAUUUCACUAGCAAAGGGACUGUCUGUACUAUCUUCCUCCUGCUGUUCUCCCCAAAGAGAGUGUUUUGCUGAUGGUUUAUGAAUCAUGCUGUAAAUUGGAGGAAGUUUGAGGCUGGGGUGAGAAGGGGAGCUGGAUAUUACUCCUUUCUUUCCUUUCUUCUCCCCUUAGAGAGGCUGCAGCUGGGUGCUGUAAGAGUGAGCUGCUAAAUACGUCAUGGGGCUCUCAAGAUCGAGCCACCCUAGAGCAGAGACACUGCAUAUACACUCUGGCCGUGGCAGUAAGAUUUUGCUCACUUGAGCAUCUGUAGGGCAUAGUCCCCUGGUGAUGGCAGGUGGGUAACGUGAGUGCGGCCAUGAGCAUGAGCAGUUAGCAGUGGCUCCAGGCCAGUUCUGCAGCAUUUCUGGGGCUGGCCUUGCUAGAAAUCCUUUGAAGGGAGAGCCUUUGGUGUGCUUCUCUAACCUAUGUGCAUGCUGCAUUGCAGUUUAGGGGCACAGGGUGAUGAGUCCCUUUGCUGAUAGCUGAGCUGGAUCCUUGCUUUCUAGCUGAGGCUUUUGCAAAUUGCUGUUGUUUAGAAGAUAAAAAUAGCCCUGAAGAGGAGAGACAUGAGAAACAAUGCUCCGCGUCUCUGAACUAGACAGAGAGGUCUUGAGGGAAACAGCUGUUUUUACAGAGCUGCAAGGAAUUGCAGCAGGCCUGCGUCUGGAUCAGGGAAGACUGGGUAAAGCAGUCCCUGCCUAUUCCAGGUUUGGGCCCAGAUCUUCCACUGCAGGUCUCAAAUAACCCCCACUGCCUUACUGGGGAGUUGCUCCAAUCCCGCAGUAGGAAAUCGGGGUCAUUCAUUUCCAGGCUGGAGGGGUUUUAAACAGACUUUGUUUAAACACUCUAACUUUGGAACUUGGCAGAUGUGAGAUUUUUUUAAGCUAUUAUUAACAACUUCACUUUGCUGGGAAAGCAGUUGCAUUGUUUCCGUGUGCUUGGGAUGUGCUUCUACGACCAAUGAAAUUUUUCAAGGAGCUGGGCCAAAAGUCCCCAAAGCGCAGUCUGCAGGGCUUAAAUCGUUUUAGUGACAGCUAAGAUGGGCAAGAAGGCAAUGGAUUUCUGGAGGAAGGGAAAGCUGGUGCUUGGGGAAUUAUUGCAGUUCCUGAAGCACUUGGGCAGCAGUGUGGAGCAGCUCACUGUAUUUUCAUUGAGCGUAUAUCAGUAGUAGACCCUGUCUAAAGAGGGUCUUGGAGCCUGUGGUGACACUCCUGUUUUCUGUUUGAACUAUUACUGUAAAAGAGUCAAACAGGUUAGCAGCUCAACUCUGUUCAGGUAACUAAUAAUGGGACUUAACCUCUGCAGUCAUAGAAAUUCUGAGUCUCAAGGCUAAAUUCAUCCACAAAUAAUUUUGGCAUUAUUUUUAAAUCUAACAAGGUUGUUUUGGAUUCCAGGCAGGUCUACAUAUCGGGCACACUGCAGUUCCAAAGCCAGAAGCGGCAAGGGAGCAGAGAGAAUCAAAGUUAACAUCCCAAACUUUGCUAAGUUCACGUUCUGAGUCUUAAUGUUAUUUGAACGUUGUUUCUCCAAGUUCAGUUAUUACAAGGUCUGCAGCAUGUUUGCAUAUCAGCAGGGGGUUAUAUGACCUUGGCUGCAGAUUUAAUAGUUAUUUUCCUCAGUCUGGUCAUCCGCUGUCUUUCACAUUUAGGUUAUUUUAGAAAAAAAUGAUCUGUUACUCCAGCCUCUGAAGGCUGCAGAGCUUUUUAAUAUUUUAAUUGCAUCUUUGUGGGCCGUAUCUGCAAGGAUGCAUUUUAUUUUGCUAUUUGAGAGAACCAGAAGACUGGCUGGCCAAACACAGAGACAGCGCCAUUGCAGAUUGACCUUGGUUGUCAUAGCCCUGCUGCUCCAUGCUGCUAGUCUGUAACUUCUAAGUGCUGUUGGGUCUUCAAGUGAUACCGUAGUUUGAACUGUGCUGUAUAGAGCUGUUUAAGGUACAGUUAGUGAGCAACAGCUGAAAUCCAUUUUUGGCACAAGGAGAGAGCAUUGUCUUACCCUCAAGAAGGGACUGUGUAUGGGUACUUCAUACAGAACCGCAGAAGGGCGAGGAUUCCUACCCCACUCCCCAAGUUGUACAAAUUUUCUGAUAGCUAAGAAGAAAACUGAAGUUAACUGAUCUAACUUGAACUUGAAACUGCCACAGCCUGACAUUUGGUGGUGUUUAUUGUGCACCCAAGGAGGAGCAGUCUGGUAAGUAGUUCUCCCAAUGUUGGAAGUAAGUGGCUUUUUCAAAUUUCCCUCCCUUAGGAUAUGUGUGCGUGUGUGUGUGUGUGUGUGUGUGUGUGCAAGAGUGCAUGUGAAAGAGAGGUUUCACCAUAAACUGGAUGGAUAAUACCUUAGCCAGGAUGGAGUAAUUGUGGAGCUUCUAGUGAAAAGAACUAGAACAUGCCUGCUGAAAGGAGAUAAAAAAGAGCUGGAAGUGUCUGUGGGCUUUAAGUGUUGCACAUCGCUUUGAAGUGAAAUACCUCUUCUGCGUAGAGAUCAGCACUUCUCCCACAAGUAGGAAGCUUACGGUAGCCUUCCUCCUUGGAUUAUGGGAUGGAAAGUACUGGAGGUGUGGGACAUUCAGAGCAGGACAAUCUGUUAUGGCCACACUGUCUCCUGCUUAUGACUUCCUUGCAAUAGGGCACAGUUUUGCUGCAAAUAUUAUUUUAUCCUCAAAGGAAUACAGCUUGCUUUAAAAUACGCAAAUACGAAAUAGCACGAAGCAAUUUGCAGCGAGAAAACUUCUGCGGCUGUGUCCUCUAGAGCAGCUCCCUCUGCUCCCCCUGCUCCCCGCUAACAUCCAGGGACAGACACAUCCGCUUUUGGAACUGAAGGAUUCAGGUGACAAGUUAAGAAGUCUACAAUCAGAAAUACUGAAAUGCUUUACACUUGUUUCUAAACUGGAAGCUGGCCUGGACCACCGUGCUCUGUCUCCCGGCCACCUGCUCCUGCUCCAAAGGAUCUUUUUUUCUUUUUUAAUUUUUUUUUAACACUGACAAAGCUGGAGAGUAUCAUGGACAUUUAUCCACUCCCAGGUAUGUGUUCUCUGCCCCUGCCUCAUGUCCCUUUCUCAGUCUGAGCAGAGCUCCAGGCUUGGAUCUAAGUUUUUUGGCAUCCCAGCUCCAAUGGGAAGCACAUCUCUGGGUUGGGCUCUUUGCCUAACUUUGUUAUCUUCCUUUCACACCGAUUUAGAUCUGCCUUUUAUGGCUGGUGAUUCCUAAAUUUGUUUGGGGAGAAGUAUUAACAGCUCUUUCUAACUAGAGAGGCAGACAAGAAGGAGCAGCUAGGCUUCCUACUGCGGGCUUGCUCUUGGUUAUGGGAGGGAAAGGAGGAGACAAGCCAAGUGGUGGAAAGCUGGGAGGGGGUGGAGGGAUUGAGAUGGAUCUCUGCAGAAGUGAGGACAAUGCUGAAAACAGAUCUCUUAGCUUGUGUUGUUGACUCAGAAAAAGAGGUUUUCUAUGAAAAGUCAUCAGGAAGUAACCCAAUAAGGCCUCCAACUGUUGAACUCCUUUGUUGAUGCCCCUUUUAGGUUGUGCUAGGGGCAUGAGGAAAAAGGGAUAGUCUAAACUACACUUGCCAAGAGAAGAAUGAACUUUGCCAGGGUCUCCAAGUGGCAUGCAUGAUGCAUCUGACAUGCUGAGCCUUGCCCUACUGUUGUUCACCCUGAAGCAAUAGCAGCAGCUUCCCAGAAGGGAGAGCAACAACUGACCUAGCUGUCCCCAAAGGAGAUCUCCAUAUGAAAUUCCUCCAUCCUCCUGCUGGCAAAGCCCUACCAGAUUGAUUGGCAUCAGGGGGCCACAGUCUUUCUGUCCCACUUUUAAUUCAGAGACUUAGAGAAGCAGCAGGUCCCUUGGGUGUGUUCCUUCUCCACCACCUCAGCAGCAGGUUGAGGGGAACAGCUGCCUGCUGAGGCUGAGCAUUUGGCUUCCCCUCCGUUCCCUCUCACCACAUUAUUUUUUAAAUGAGAUGUAGCCAAACUACUGGCAAAUUCGCAGCAUCUCUCCCAGGGUGGGUCUUGGCACACAGCUGUAAUAAACCAUGUUUCGUCUUGUCAGAAAUCUCUCCCCGUGACUUUGUGCUUGUUCCCAAAGAAUGUUGGACUUCCACUCUUUUUCUCCAGUGGAUAUCCCAUGGGAGUUGGCAACGCUGGUUAAUUCUUAGUGAUGUUAAACUGGUCCUCUCAGAAUCAGAGGGAUGCCAAUGUACGUGGAUAUACCACAAGCCAUAGAUAGGUCUUUUUUUAAUAGCCUAUCACCCUAAAAGCUGUCCCAGUUUCUGCUCAAGCAGGAGCCAAGUGCAGCUGUGGCCAGAAAAUCAUCGUGAAACACCAGUCUUCAUCACAGAGCAGCUCUGCUCAGACCUCUUUGAAGAAUAACAACUUGUUGCCUUUGCAGGCAAAGUGCUUUAAUCUGCUGACACUCAAGCGCUGGUGUACAUCUGAGUAAAUCUCCACGUGCAGGAGGAGGGCAGGCCGGCCUCUCCCAGGCUAUUUGCAGUGGCUUUUACAAGGAGCUAGCUGUGAGAAUUUGGGGGCAAUUCAAAUCUGGAGCUGCUUUUGAGCGUAAAACUUUGCUUUCAGCUGCUUUGUCUUUAUCAUGCGAGGCAUUGCAGGGCUCAGCCUAGCCACAGUUUUAGCAUGGCAGAAAAAUAAUGUGGACGUCAGCAAAGUGUAACAGAUCCUGUUUCUCCCAGUCAGUCGUUUUACAUCACUACAUUUAGGAGAGCUGCCUGCCUGCCAGGCCAGCCUGCACUGCAUCACUCCUGCUCGCUCAGGCUGCGGUGGGUGUGGAAGUGGGAGGAGUGAGAAAGAACGUGGUUUCUCCAGAGUUUUCUGUUUGUUACUCUGCUAUAUUUGUUAUCUGGAUUCUUAAGUAAAGAGUGCUUUGAAUUUCGUGAUUAUGUUAUGGUGAUGUGUAGUUAAUGUACUAAUGUUCACUUGAGCUAGGAUCAUGGUAACAGUGUG